AUGACUUUUGCUACUUAUAAUGGAGCACCAAAUGGCAUACCUGUUGGACACGAAAACAUUGCGACAUUGCUUCCCGGAGUAUUUUGGGAUCAAGAUUUAAAUGAUGUCCGCAACUUGGCGCCGGAUUCAAAGUGCAAGCUCUUUUAUGCAGAGCAUAAUGAUGCCACACGUCCAGGUCAAAUCGCUGAGGCGACGUAUAACAUGAAAUACCCAACGGUAGCCCUAGAGCAUUCUCGCCAUGUUAAAUCAGUCCGAUGUCCUAGGCCAGAUCAUAUCAAUAUUACAUUCAGGAGCAAACAAGCAUACCAAUGGGCGAAGAAGUACUGGAUCCCUUUCAACGCGAAAAGCAACGAUACGAUGGUGUUCGUGGGGAAAUUUAAGGGUUGCAACCCGACAAAAUUGGGCGAGAUGAGGAGCUGGAGCUUGGUCGACGAUUUGACCUUUAAUGAUGUUACUUUCACUGCCGAUGCAGUUAUCCAAUAUAGCGAUAUCAAGGAUGUCGUCAAGGAGGCAACGAUAAGAUUCGGGAAAUAUCUCCCAAAAUCGCAGUCGGACUUAGGGGAUAGCCCUCCAGCUCCGACUCCUAUUCAGCAAUAUCAAGCACCGUAUUAUGCAUCAGCCACGGCAGAAAUUGCUAAACCUACCGGAUAUCAGGGUCAAUACUUAGCAGACUAUGGGAAAUGGGGAGCUGAUUUUGAUACCCAAAAGGAUGACCACAUUGGCUAUGUUGACGCAUCUAAGCCAAUCAUCACCCCAGCGCCUGAAAUCCGAGGGCCAAAUAUUAGUAAGAGGUGGGGCUGGAACCCUUGGGAAAAUAUUACAUCAGCCUUUAAAGCCGUAACCUCGGAGGUCAAACAGAUCGUACCAGUUGUUUCUUCUGUCCUCUCGGGUGGGGCGUCGGCAAUCGAGGGAGGUGUCAAGGCUAUUUCAACCGACGCAGUGGACGUUCUGAAUGACUUCACCACCUACACAAAGAAAUUUGAUUUACCAUCGUUCAAGAUCAAAGUUGACGUGGAUGACGACCUUACACCGUGGGACAAUCUUCGCGGCAAGCUACUAAUUAAUAACAUUGCUGAUGUCACGUUGUAUUGUGUUGAGUGUGGUGCGGAGGGUACUGCCCAUUUUUCUGCCAGCAUUACCUUCUCUCUCACUCGUGGAAUCCAAGCCGGCUCUAUCGAUUUUGAAGGAAAUAUCAAAGCGAGAUUCUCACUUGGAAUUGUCAAUAACAAUAGAAACAUCAAUAUCCCAUUGGCUGGCGACAUUAAGUACGAACUGUUUAACAUGGGUCUUCCUAGUCUUUCGAUCCCGAAUGUCCUAACGAUUGGCCCUUACAUUGCAUUGGACGUUGUUGGAACGGUUUCAAUGGGUGCGACAGGCCUUAUCCGUGCUGGGUUCGAGCUUGAAAUUGAAAAGCCUCGCUUCCAUGCGGACCUUAAAAACAUAUCCCGGAGUACAGCUACCGGCUGGGUACCCAAGUUCAGGCCAAUAUUCUCUCUGGACGGUAAUCUGACUGUGAAUGCAGAGCUGAAAACUCCCCUCUCCCUCAAUUUUGGCAUCAACAUUCUAAAAGGAAAGUUUGAGACCUCGCUUUCUGUCUCUGAGGCUCCAACAGUCAAACUUAGCCUAACCAAUGGCUUCGAUGGGGCUAUAAAUCCCAAAGCAUUGGAAAAUCCCCGAGUUGGUUUGAUCAAUGGAACCUUUACGCCAACUACGGGAACGUGCCCCGGGUCCGUUUUGGGUAUGCGCGUGGGUCUUGACACCGUUAUGCAAGUCAAAGGAUUGCCAUUUACCUUUCCACUACUCAGAAUAGAUCUGUAUAGAAAUGAAUGGUGUAUAAAUCCUAAUAUCAAACUCGCCAGGCAUUCCCUCUGGACUUUGUUCAAUACACCAACACGCAGGUCUACGAUCGACUCUCCGGACUCUGGAUACUUAGUUGGUCAUGUUGAUUACCCCGUCGGUGACCUUUCACUCGUCAGUGGUACCAACGGAAAUAUCUACGUCGAUUCUUCGACUAUUCCAGAAGGUUCUUCUGGGAACGAUACGUCAUAUAAGUGGCUGCACUGGAAUAAUCUUGUAGUAGGCACGAGUGAUGGUAGGCUGCUUUACACUUACGCCGAUGAGCUUCUCGAGCACGGCGUGUCAAGGUUUCGUCUUGCUCCAUGGGAGCGCCUUCCGGUGUCUGCAGAACAGGUCGUUAUUAUUCCAAAUAACAAUGCGAUGACCGCUUAUACUAUCGAGGAGAAAGGAACCAUUCUAUAUCCCGUAGUAUGUGCAUAUACAAGCCAGCCAUCCAAGGUUUUCUUAGUCCGAGACCCGAUUGAAGGUGUCAAGAAGUUGGAGAGUAGAGAUCUACAGGAUACAAUUACGGGUGGGCGGGUUCGCGCUUGCGCCUUCAUUCCCUGGCAAAGCUCCCAGCUUCAACAGUUUACUCUGCCUACCAUGUAA